AAUCUAUAUGUCAUUUUUGGAAUUGUCAAAGAUCAGAAUCAGAUGUUGGUUGGGUAAUCGUGUGAAAGAAAACAUUAAAUUCUGAUACCCUUAAUUCAUAUUCGUCAAUAUGCUGCAAGUUAUUAAUACUGCGGGCAGGCUGGCUAGGUCUAAUGUUUGCCGAUCCUUGUUGCCAUUUUCAACAAGUUCUGCAAGACCAUCAGACGAUCCUAUGAAUCGUAAGGAGGCUCCUAUUCUGGACAACGAAUCUGUACUAGCUCUUCCCCACCAAGUAAGGCAGAAGGAAGUCCAAGCCGCCAGCAUAAAUGUCCCUGUUCAGGUUGACAUUACACCAAUAACUGGAAUACCGGAGGAGCAUGUGCGCACUCGCAGAGUAAGAAUCUAUCAGCCACCAAAGAAUGCUAUGCAGAGCGGCACCAACAACACCCAUCAUUGGGAAAUGGAAUUUGAUAAUCGCCAGCGUUGGGAGAAUCCUCUCAUGGGCUGGACAUCAACCGGCGAUCCUCACUCCAACUUGAAAUUGCAAUUUACCUCCCCCGACGAAGCCAUACAGCAUUGCGAGAAAAAUGGUUGGGUGUGGUACAUUGAUGCUCCCAAACUUGAAAAGGAAUUCAAACCCAAAAGCUAUGGAAUUAACUUCUCCUGGAAUCGCCGCACCCGAGUAUCUACUAAGUGAAAUAAUUUAAUGUAGAUAACUGUAAUUCGUAGUUUGUUAUUAAAGAUUUUGAUUGAU